UAUUACGUCUUCUUCGCUUAGGGCGUACUAUUAUCACUGGAUUAUACUGAGCUUGUUCAUUAAAAAUGUUAGAAUACAUAAUCUUUCUAGGUUUAUUCUUCAUAAUUUUAGCCUCUGGUUUUUUUCUAACUGUUGCGGAUUCUGACAUAACGUUGUUGUGGCUUUGUAAAUUUGGAAAACCGAUCUCUGCUUUGAAGAACAAUGUUAUAUGGAUCACUGGAGCUUCCAGUGGCAUUGGAGAAUUUCUUUCAUAUGAACUAGCAGCAGUUGGUGCAAAACUAGCUCUCUCUGGAAGAAAUGUGGAAAGACUAGAAAAGGUUAAAAAACAAUGUGUUUUGAGUGGAAAACUUGACGACAAAGACAUUCUUCUUGUUCCAUUUGAUAUAACUGAUUUUUCUCUGCACUCUGAGUGUGUUCAGAAAGUUAUUAAUCAUUUUGGUAAGAUUGACAUUCUAGUGAACAAUGCAGGACGUACACAAAGAGCUAUGUUUGUUGACAUUGAACUGGAAGUUGACCGACAAAUGUUUGAACUCAAUGUACUUUCCAGUGUGUCUCUAAGUAGGAUUGUCUUGAGACAUUUUAUAGAACAGGGAGCUGGUCAUUUUGUAAUUACUAGCAGUGGUGCUGGCAAAUUUGGAGCUCCAAAUUCAGCUUCCUAUACUGCUUCCAAACAUGCCUUACAUGGUUAUUUUGAAAGUUUAAGAACGGAGAUGUCCAACAGUAACAUCAGUGUAACUAUUGUGUGUCCUGGACCAGUUUUUACACCACUUCUGGAGAUUGCCUUUACUGGGAAGAAAGGAGAAGUUGUUGGACAGAAACAUUCACCGCAGGAUAAACGUAUGGCAGUUUCUCGUUGUGCAUAUUUGAUGGGAGUAGCAAUAGCAAAUAAAGUGGACGAGGUCUGGUUAUGCUUACAACCAAUACUUACUGUAUAUUAUAUUUCCCAAUAUACUCCGUCUUUCUUCAGACAGGUGAUUGUAAAAAAAGUAUUGAAUCCAGGAAGAGUUAGUAAAAUGAGAGACGGAAGAUAAAGAGUCCAUAAAAAAGCUUUUGCAUUAUCCAGGAUGUCAGAUCUAUAAAUGAAGAUACAACUCCCAUGAUGAAAAAUGUUUGUAAAACAUAAAUAUCUUUACAGUUUUUUUUUGUCCAAAAGUGUAUACGUUUGUAUUUCUUUAUAAAACAUAGGAGCUGUCAUUUAAACAUGUAUUUUUAAUGACAGAGUAUUGCAAAAUUUUCUUGGGCAGUUAUGGUAUCUUUCUAAUUCAGACUGAUCACAAAAACAUUAAAUUUGGAAUAUAUUAAGCAGAUUUGGUUUAUAUUUUGACCAGAAUAAAAAUACAAAAGAGUUUAAAUUUCUGUUUGAUAAUGACCAGCAUCAAGUGUCACAAUUGUAAAUGCUGAGUUUCAAGUGUAAAAUGUGCAACAGAAAUACUGUAGUUAUGAUACCAGUAGAUAAACUUGUAGAAAUUUUUCUAACACUUUCAAGGUACAUUUAAUGUUAAAUAACGAGAAGUGCAUUUGAUGUUUGUAUAUUCUUCUAUUCACCAGAACUAACCUAUAUGUAUAAAAGUAUUUGACUAAUACUCAGUAUCAAUACGAUUAAUUUACUCUUCUGAAUUCUUCAAUAGGCAAAUUCUAUAAGGUAUUGGUUUUCUUUUCUCUCAAUACUAAAAUUGCAAACUUGAUAAUAAAAAACAUGAGGUCCA